AUGUCCCUUACAUUGGGGGUCAGUGGGAAGAAUGUCCCUUACAUUGGUGAUCAGUGGGAAGAAUGUCCCUUACAUUGGGGGUCAGUGGGAAGAAUGUCCCUUACAUUGGGGGUCAGUGGGAAGAAUGUCCCUUACAUUGGGGGGUCAGUGAGAAGAAUGUCCCUUACAUUGGGGGUCAGUGGGAAGAAUGUCCCUUACAUUGGGGGUCAGUGGGAAGAAUGUCCCUUACAUUGGUGAUCAGUGGGAAGAAUGUCCCUUACAUUGGGGGUCAGUGGGAAGAAUGUCCCUUACAUUGGGGGUCAGUGGGAAGAAUGUCCCUUACAUUGGGGGUCAGUGGGAAGAAUGUCCCUUACAUUGGGGGUCAGUGGGAAGAAUGUCCCUUACAUUGGGGGUCAGUGGGAAGAAUGUCCCUUACAUUGGGGGUCAGUGGGAAGAAUGUCCCUUACAUUGGGGGUCAGUGGGAAGAAUGUCCCUUACAUUGGUGAUCAGUGGGAAGAAUGUCCCUUACAUUGGGGGUCAGUGGGAAGAAUGUCCCUUACAUUGGGGGUCAGUGGGAAGAAUGUCCCUUACAUUGGGGUCAGUGGGAAGAAUGUCCCUUACAUUGGGGGUCAGUGGGAAGAAUGUCCCUUACAUUGGUGAUCAGUGGGAAGAAUGCCCCUUACAUUGGGGGUCAGUGGGAAGAAUGUCCCUUACA